GGGUAGGCCAGGAGUAACGCACGUUCACGGGCCUCGACCGUGACAUCGUAAAUUGGCCAUUUAAUUUCGGUACAGCCGGCAAUUAAGGUGUUGCUUUCUUGACAGCUCCGGAACGAUUCAUCGAUUUUCUAUAUUAAAUAAAUUGAUGUCUGGCUGAAAACGAUGAAUUUCGUUCGACUUUUUGUGCUCGAUGACUGUUGAUUAAAUUAAUGUUUAAAAGUAUAUUGAAGCGAUGAAAAAAUAAUAAAAUUCUUUCGAAAACAAAAACACAAUAUUCGUUAAUAACUGACAAUCUUUUCAGUUAUUUUUUUCGGAAAUCACUUUCCAACUAAUCGAAUUCAAUGAAAUAACCAAAAAUGAAGAAAUUUGAGAGAUUAAAAAGCUUUUGUCUUGCGAGUGUGUGAAAUUUUUGUGUGAACUAAAUUGAGAAACUCUCAGAAUCAAUCGAUCAUUCGCGUUGAGGAUAAAGAUGCUGGGAAAAAAUUCAGUGUCAUGUGCACAGUUGUCGGACCGCGUGAACGCGAGAUGAGUGUGCGAGAACACAAUUUGGACAACACGUGUCGACGAGUAUCAAAAAGUUAUCAUGGCCGAGAGAUUCGAUACAAAAAUGUCUGCAGAACUCGAUCGAAGUGUGAAAGAAAAAUGUCGUUUGAAAGUUAUCGACGAUUGAUGAUAAAAUGUAAUAAAGACGAUUAAGAAUUCUUGAAAGCGAGGAUUACGAAAAGGAAAAAAGUUGAAGCAUCGUGAUAAUUGUAACUGCAGGAAAAAUGACGUCAUGAAGAGUAUCCAUCUGAUGGUGUUGGGCUGCGUCUGCCUGAUGCUGUGUGACGCAAAGGGGAGCAGAGAAAAAGAAGGGGAGAGACGCAGAGGGAGGCAGAAUUUUGAAGAUCGAGACUUCGAUUAUGAGAAUUAUUACGAUAUUGAGAGGGUCGACUCGCACUCGACGAUGGGAAAUCUCAACGAGGAAGAUUUCGAUACCUCGACCAUCGACGAAUUAUGGAUCCGAGAUAGAAUGGUUCUGGAGAAAUCUCGAAAUUAUCGUGAAAUCACGGAGGAAAUGGAUAAUCACAAACAUCGACAAAAAGAAGAAUCGAGUCAUAACGGUCGUCGACACCGUGUCGAAAAUCCACUAAACCAUCAUCUUAUAAGACACAGCGAUCGUUUGUUUCGCUCGAUCGAAGCUAAUCAGCAUCCACCAGUUACGUUUAAUUGGCCUGUGAAGAAAGAGGCUGUCGUCGAAGGUGGUUUAAUCCUCGGUGGUUUGAUGAUGGUUCACGAGCGUGAGGAUUCGAUAACUUGCGGUCCAGUAAUGCCACAAGGUGGUGUGCAGGCACUGGAAGCCAUGCUUUAUACCCUCGACUGGAUCAAUGAACGGAAUCUCGUUCCUGGGGUCAAAAUAGGAGCUCACAUACUCGAUGAUUGCGACAAAGAUACUUAUGGCUUGGAAAUGGCUGUGGACUUCAUCAAAGGCUCCAUAAGCAACAUUGACGGUGCGGAGUAUCACUGCAACAAGACCGCAGUUCGAAAAGUCAUCAGCGGAGUCGUGGGAGCCGCGAGUUCCGUAACAUCGAUUCAAGUUGCUAAUUUAUUGCGUCUCUUCAGGAUUCCACAGGUCUCCUUCUUCUCCACGAGCCCGGAACUUUCCAACAAAAUGCGCUUCGAGUAUUUUACACGUACGAUACCGAGCGAUCACUAUCAAGUCAAGGCUAUGGUCGACAUCGUUCUUGAAAUGGGAUGGAGUUACGUUUCCAUUAUUUACGAGGAGAGCAACUACGGCGAAAAAGCCUACGAGGAACUGGAAAAACUAUUGGGGAAACAUCAAAUAUGCAUUGCAGUGAAGGAAAAGUUGUCGAAGGAUUCCGGGGUUGCAGAGGCUCACGUUUACGACAACAUUGUACAGAAAUUGUUGACGAAGCCACGUGCACGAGGAUGCAUUAUAUUCGCAUCCGAUCAAGAGGUGGCUGGUGUCAUGAGGGCGGUUCGACGUUGCAACGCGACGGGAGCUUUCUCGUGGAUCGGGAGCGACGGGUGGAGUGCUCGAAGUUUAGUGAGUGACGGAAAUGAACGAGAAAUGGAAGGAACACUGUCCGUACAGCCCCAGGCGAAUCCGGUUCAGGGUUUCAAGGAUUAUUUUCUCAACUUGACGGUGGAAAAUAACAGGAGAAAUCCGUGGUUCGUUGAAUUUUGGGAGGAUCAUUUCAAAUGUCGUUAUCCCAACUCGUCCCAAACGCCGUACAACAAUUAUACAGAGGAGUGUACAACGACUGAGAAACUAACGAGGGAAAACACCGCGUUCGAGGAUCAAUUGCAGUUCGUUUCCGACGCGGUGCUCGCAUUCGCUCACGCAUUUCGAAACAUGCACAGCGUUCUUUGCCAUGGGAAGCCAGGGCUUUGCGACGCGAUGAAACCAACGAAAGGCAUCGAACUUUUGAAUUAUCUGCGAAACGUUGAAUUCAACGGCUUGACCGGUGACGUUUUCCAUUUCGACAAGAAUGGCGACGGUCCUGCGAGGUACAACAUUAUUCACUUCAAGCAGAUAUCACCUGGGGAAUACAAAUGGAUUCGAGUAGGAAAAUACUUGGAGGGUGAAUUGUUCCUCAAUAUGUCAGAAAUUCAAUUUCGUUUGGGACAUCCCGAAGCUCCUGAAAGCGUUUGCUCGCUACCAUGUGAGGUGGGCCAAGCCAAGAAAUAUGUCGAGGGAGAAAGCUGCUGCUGGCAUUGUUUCAACUGUAGCCAAGACGAGAUACGACACGUGAGCGACGAGAAACAAUGUGUUUUGUGUCCGAAAGGGACAUUGCCAGAUGAGACGCAUUCUUACUGUCGUGACAUACCGGAGGAGUUUUUAAGACCUGAGAGUGGUUGGGCCAUAGGUGCAAUGUCUUUUUCAUCUACUGGUAUUCUCAUAACUUUGUUCGUUGGUGGUGUAUUCCUGAAGCACAAUGAUACCCCAAUUGUGAGAGCAUCCGGACGUGAAUUGUCUUAUGUUCUACUGACGGGAAUCCUGCUCUGUUAUCUAGUUACAUUCGCCCUCGUUCUAAGGCCAACCGACCUCGUGUGCAGCAUUCAAAGAUUCUCAGCCGGCUUUUGCUUCACGGUAAUGUACGCAGCACUCCUAACGAAAACGAACAGGAUAUCGCGAAUAUUCAACGCCGGAAAGAGAAGCGCCAAAAGACCGUCAUUCAUAUCGCCACGCUCGCAGCUCAUUAUUUGUAGCAUGCUCGUAGCUGUACAAAUUCUCAUACAUGCCGUGUGGAUGGUUAUCGAUCCGGCAAAAGCGAGACAUCAUUAUCCUACACGAGAAGACAAUCUUCUCGUAUGCAACAGCUACAUCGACGCCAGCUACAUGAUCGCCUUCACAUAUCCGAUUAUUCUGAUCGUCGUUUGCACUGUUUAUGCUGUUCUCACGCGUAAAAUUCCCGAAGCUUUUAAUGAGAGCAAGCACAUAGGUUUUACGAUGUACACAACAUGCGUUAUUUGGCUCGCAUUCGUACCUCUGUAUUUUGCGACUGGUAGCCACGUUGCAUUAAGGAUAACUUCGAUGUCAGUCACGAUAAGUCUCUCAGCGACUGUGACGAUAGCGUGUCUCUUCACUCCUAAGCUGUACAUUAUUCUCAUUCAUCCGGAGAGAAACGUUCGACCGAAUAUGAUGCAUCACAGAUAUAACACAACCAAGGGCUCGGUGGUGACAGCGACAAAUGCCUCGAGUAUGAUGGCGCCUGUCACACUGACAGCUGUCACUUGUGAUCAGAACAAAGCAGUGAAAAAGCACGCGGUCACGACGAUGGAUUGCUCCACGCAGAGUGAACAGCUCGAAAUGGAAUCGAAAGAACGAAAGAACGGAAAAAUUCCAAACCCCUUGAUGAACCGCUCGACCCAAACGACGCUGAACAACAACGGCACGGAUCCGAACGAUCCGAACCCCGCUACCUCACCAAUAAUCACAGAAAUCGGUAUGGAAGAAAACAACGAACCCGCGAAAAGCCUCAUCAUCGGUAAAAUGGGCAACGGCCCCUUGGCCCAGAGUGAGAUUCCAUUAUAGCGACAAAACGGGCAAGUCGAAUCGCCUAUAUUACAAGCUGAUCUCAAACAGAUCUCGAAGAAACCUGUGACCGUGUAAAUUUGAUAUUUGACGGUAGUUAGAUAAAUCGACUCGCGACAUAACGAUCCGAGGGGGUUUCCUCGAGCGGUCUUCAGUGCGACGUGGGCAGCUUAAAAUCCCAAAACUAUUAUUGCUCUAUUUUGUUAUUUUUUUUAUAUUUUAUUCCAAACGAUAAUUUUCAUCGUUUUUAUUCAAUUGUAGGUCAACGAAUUAUCUACGAGUGAUUAAUUUUCUCAUUUUUUCGCUUAAUUUUAUUCUUCUUUUACUUAUUCACAUUCUCUCAAAAAUACUGAUUUUUUCACGAUAGUUUUUCGGACCUUUUCUUUAAUUUUUUUUGCUGUUGAUCUUUCAAACUUAAAGUUCAAUUCGCAAUAAUUGUGAAUCCAUAAUAUGUUAUAUCCGUUGCUGCUGGUUUAAAUGAAAAAGCAACGGUUCAACGAUCAACAAUACGAGAAUUAAUGACUGUACAGACAUUAAUGAAUACACAAAGAGAAAAACAAAUUGUAUAUCAAUUCACGGAGCAACAGGGCUGACGUAUGGAUAUAUAUUUCGUGUUUUAAUGUAAGGAUGAGUGGAGAUUCGUGACCAUAACGGAAUUAAUGUAAUGCGAAAUCAUGUCGAAUAUUCUUCAAUUGACGUUCGAACUCUGAAUUUUAACAAAUUUUAUACUUUACCAUUUUUCAUUAUUUUUAGAAGUGAACCUCGAAGCAUUAUAGUGUUCGAUGAUCGUGGAGAGAAUUUUGCUUGUGUUUUGGGACUGGAUCGAAGUAUACUUGGGGUCUAGAAUACCCGAGGCUAAAUUUGGAUUCAAAUUUCAACCCAAUCGUUUUCAACAAUUCUCGUAAUAGAAUAAUCUAUUUUGCUGACAUUAAAAGUUUAAGCUCGUUUUAGUCUCUCUCUCUCUCUCUCUUUCUGGUAACUUAUUGACUGAUAUUUUUAAACAAAAUCAUUUCAAACUCAUUUUCGAUCGCCUAACAAUUGCUUUUUCUUUUGAAAACCACGAAUUGGAGGAUUUUUUUAGGUUUAUCGUAAUUCGGGAAUUGGAAUUUUUGGCUGUAACAUUAAUGAAUAAAUUUACGAUGAAAGGGAGUACUCGAAAUGAACGAAUCGAAUGAUCGAGUCGUACGUGGAACUAACACUCGAAUUUCUCAGAACUUUUAAAUUCACAAUUUUUAAUUCGGAGGUAGCUAGAGAAGCCUUGGCAUGUCUGGACCUCGUGUAGCCUUGAUUCAACUACAGGGAAUUGUAUACUUAAAAGAGAAAUGGAUCGUUUGUGUGGAUGAUUUAUAGUUAUUUCUAAAUAAAUUGAUCAAAUUUUCCAAAACUAUGAAACUACGGAAUUCGUAUUCAUCGCCGAGAUUAAAAUAAAGGGUGAAGAAAAAAUAGAAAAAGGGAAUUAUCCGUCAGUGAUGAAACGUCGAUGGUUCAUACGCGUUAGAAUUUGCUUAUGUAUUCCCAUAAACAUAAAUAUACAUAUAAUGAAUUUCAUGGUUUCGAUCGAUAAAAAAAUAUAAAUAUAAAUAAUUUAAUGGAUUUACGACGUAGAAGAAACAGGCUCGGAAAAAUGAGAAUUUUAUACGUGAUAUAUUAAUUAAGAUAAUUGAGACACUUGAAAAUCGGCGUCUUGGCUGUUAUUUAUUAAUAUUAAAUGAUAAUCGUUCGCAACGAAGAGCUUGACGUUGAUUACACCAACCUCGAUUAUCGUUUUUCAAAAUGCAACAUCAUCGAAAAAAGUACAUCGACGAUUAGACAGUUGUUCGGAAUAAUGGGGGGAAAAUAAUUAUUAAGAAAUGAAAUAAAUAAAUUAUUGUAGUUUUGUGAAUAUUGAAAUGCCAUGAUGAAAAAAGGGAGAAUAAAACAAUGGAAAAUUGAGAAAAUAACUUGAAUUACGUCACUUCAACUAAAAUAUUCAACUUGUAAAUUUGAUAUAUAUUCGUCUUUUGUCUUCUGAAUGGUAAAAAUUUAUUCAAUUUUUACAAAACGCUUCUUUCACAUUGAAAGUCUGUAUGAUAAUUUUACAGUUAAGUAGGAUUCUUCAGUUAUCCUGAAACUAUGUUUCUGCUACGUAACUUUUGGAAUACGAAUUUAACGUAUUCGAUUACUUACCUCGAUAAUAUGUUGUAUGAAUCACUAUUUCACCUUCUCAUUUAUUAUUUUAUUUGCAAAAUAUUAUCAGUUUUAUAAUGCUCAAAUAUUUACACUCGUUAUUUAUAUAAUAGCGAAAAUUCAAGUUUCAGGGAGAAAAGAAAAUUUGAAAUUGUAGGAAAAAAUCGAAACUUCAAUUCUACAUAAUUUAUUCCUGAUUGAAAACGAUUUAUUGUGCCGUUGUUAAAAUACAAUUUAAAACGCAAAGAAAACAUGUUCGCCGAAAUAUUAUUGAAAAGAUUCGAACCAUGAUUCGAAAAUCGAUAGAAAAAUUCAAUGAAAAAAAAAUUUCAUUCUUUCUUCUCAACGAUUCUGGAGGUGUGAAUAUUUCUUGUACCGAGCAGAAGUGAAAUUCUUCCUCGAAUUGAAAAUCCGUACGUAAACAUGAUUUCGAUAUGUUUCAAAACGAUUGAAAUCAAGAACUCUGCGCAACUAAUCAUAUUUUGUAAAAUUUUAUUGAUCGACCACUGAAUGUCUGUGGAAAAAUCGAAUCAUGUAGGAAUUUCAGAUAAAUUAAAACCCACCUGAAAAUGAUUCCUCGAAUGAACAUUCUUCCGAGUGGCUCUUUUCGAAAAGCAAAAAUUGACAUCCCUAAAAAAAAUGUGUAUUAAGACGUCAUUCGAUCGACACGCGUCACGAGAAAGAAGAAUUUCAGCUUGAUUUCCCACCAGUUGCAAUAACUGCUCAUUUUUAUAAUUAAUAAAUUUCACGUAAUUUUUCUAGUGAAAAAAAAAUCAUUUUUCUGUACACAAUCAAAUGUGAAAUUUUGAACUGAUGUUUCCAACUUUCAUUUAAAACAAAAGGGUCAAGGGUGCUGCUCUCAAUAGAGAAUCUAACUACGCUACCGAGAUAAAAAUGCUUCAUUUAAAAAUUAAUUUCAAGGCCAAAUCUCCGUGGUAAAAAAUCUCAUUAGUGUACAUACACCAACCGCAAAAAAAAACGUGUACAUACAGAAAAUUAAAAUCGAAAUAUGACUUUAGUGUAAUAAAUAUAAAUAUAUGUAUAUAUAAGAUAAUUCUAUUAAUCGAAUGUACGAAAUUGCGUAGGCAAUUUUAUGUUGUAGCAUAAAAAUAAGAUUCGUACGCAACAUCCUGGCAAGCUCGAUAUCGCAUCGUAAAAUUCUUUGUUUAUUUUCUAUUUUUUUUUCUUCUGAUAUCAUGGACCAGACAAGAAUGAUUUUGAUGGCUUUUUUGGUAACACUAUAGAAAAAUAAAUUCUUCGCAUUUAAAAGAAAAGUGUAAAAUACAGUGCGAAUUGGGUUUAAAAUAGAAGAUGAUAUAAGAUGAGAGUUCAGCCAAAUGUUUUUAUUAAUUUUGUGAUCGACAAAAAUGUUUCGCACUAAUGGAAAAAAGGUGUGAUCCCUAUAGCGGGAUGCUGCGUACGAUAUCGAAUUUGUUUGUUUUUUUUUUUCGAUUUUUCUUUUAUAAAUUCUCUCUGCAGGCUAUAGGAAUUGUGGUAUAAACUCCGAAGGUGUUGAGCACCUCGAGAUCGAAAGUGAUCGGCUACACUUUUGAGCUCCCAUAUCGAACGAUGAUUUUUGACGAGUGAAAGCCUCGAAAUUACGAGGCUCUCCUAAAUAGUCUCCCUAUUCAUAAUAUAGAAAGAAUUAUAGGAAAUCUUAAGUCCGAUUAGGAUCAUUCGAACAGGAAAUCGUGAAAAAAACUGGAAGUUAUGUAUAUUGCAAAAUAAAUAUGUUAAAACAUGAUAUUAUAAAAACGAAACGAAUCAUCCACUUCACUAAAUAGAACGUAAAAUAACGAGUCGGUUCAACAGAAUUUAGAGAAUUUCUAUUCACCUAGAAAGAAAUGAUUUUCAGUGAAAAUUCAACGGCAAUUUUUUCAAAAAUAAAAUGUGAGUUUUCGAUUUAAAGUGACGAACGUGCUUUUUUCCAAAUAAAAAAAAAAUAUAGAGGAAAAAGCAUCGAAAAUUCGUCUUUAUGAUUUUGGAAAUUAUUAAAUGAUCGUCGAUUUCACCGUUGGACCAAAACGAUGAAUUAUGUCGAUUUGGUUAAUCAGACGUAAUAAGAUGGACGUCUGAUGUCAUGCAAUGCAAAUCAAUGUCAAACGAACAAAACAUAAGUAAAAUUACAAUGAAAGUGUAUAAACGAAAUGUUACGACGAUGUAACGAUAUUUUAAAUACACACAUGAGUAAACAAAAAUGCGAGCUAAAGGGCCUAGCGAAUAAGGAAAAUACUAUUUGAAGAUAGUAAAUGUAACAAAAGAAUCUAAGGGGAUUCUAAUCGAAUAAAUAAGUAUGACCAAUCGUC